GCGCUCCCGACCUUGCACUGCCACACCCUGGAAUCCGCAUUGCGUUGCUCCGCGCUUGGGUCUCUCUUUUGCAUUGGAUCUGCAUCUCUGCCUCUUCGGUUGCUUGUCACCAGCGGUGUUAGGCGAGCUUGUGAUUGUGGGAGAAGGUGACCCCUUUUCUGGCUUGAUGAAGUUGAUGGAUUCCUUACAGUCCCUUCAUGGUGCAACUGACCUUGACAGAAAGGGCGAUUUGCGUGCUCAGUUUCAUCAGGAGAUGAAACGGCAACCUCAAGAACGGAUUGCAACGUUUUGCAGUCGCUUUAGGACACUCUGCGGUGAGAUGAAGCGUGAAGGGAUUGACCUCCCUCGGGAGGAACUUGGUUGGUUCCUUCGGGAGCGACUUGGCUUGGAUCCUUUGCGAAAACAGUUGUUAGAGACAGCGCUGGCUGGACGAGAGUCAUACGAGGAGGUGGAGGCGGAAUGUCUUCGUCUUUUCCGAGACCUGCACACAGCGGAUCCUUUGUAUCGGAGGCAGAUGGAUCAGCGAUCACCUUUGCUGCAUCGGUUCAAAAAGCCAGGAACGUUGUCGACUCCUCCGAGACAAUCCCUUGUGACAGAGCAGUUUGAUGAAGCUGCUGCAGAGGAUGAAGAGGAGCUUGUUCCAGAUGAAGCUGAGGAAGCUGCAACUCCGAGCCUUGAAGAGGUUUUGCCAUCAGAGGUUGAAGUUUUGGCUAGUGAACUUCAUGAUGCUGAAGAGGAAGGCCAUUGGCUGGGCGAUCCACAGUGCAGCAAGCCCGGUGCCGGUCUUUUCUUGCCUCCUCGAAAGAAGGCCAAACAGGUGAAAUUGGCUGAGCAUGCCACCGAAGUGACUGGGUUUAUCCCUGAUGACAUGAACCGUGAGAACCCCGCCGCACAUGAGGUCCAGAUGGCUGAAGUUUCAUGUGCUUUGGAUUCAGUUUGCAACAGAGCUUGCACUGGCACUUCAUGGCUUGCUGGCUACUUGACUGCGUUGCGUGCGGACCCCAGCUACAUUCAGUCGCUGGUCCACUCCACUUCGGAGAAAGAGACCUUCAGGUUUGGCAACGGCGGCACCCAGAUCUCCACCAGGCGCUGGCGACUUCCAGUCAUGGUGGGUCAGACUUUGAUUUGCAUUUGGGUGUCUGUGGUGGAAGUGCCGUCAUUGGGUUUGCUACUUGGAAGAGAUUUCUUGGAUGGGAUUGAAGCAGUUUUGAGUUUUGCACGAAAGCUGCUUCGAGCCGAUCACCUUUGCGGUUCACUCAUCCGACUUCGGCAGCUCAUGGCAGGUCACUUUGCCCUUCAACUCAUCCCUUCGAAAUGGCCGAGGCCGGGUUCUGAGAAGUGGGGAAUGUUAGGGGCUGAUGGUGUUUUGGAAGUUCAAGUUGAUAGCAAAGAAUGGUUGAACCGUCGGCUUGCAGCAGUACAUGUUGUUGAGAAACCAUCCCAUGAGCAUUUGAUCACAGAGCAUGCAGAGAAGAUGGCAGACUGCAAUGUGGCCUUGGCUCAGAUGAAGAUGUGCGCAAGAACCCAAGCUCGCGCAAGAUGGCACCUGUUCGGGCUCUUGCUUUGGCUUGUGCGGCGACCUUUGCUGCGCAACGUGCCGUUUCCACACCCUGCGGUUGGGAAGGUCGAGCAGUGGCUUACUCAAGCCGACAUGAUGGUGGGCAAUGGGGCCUUGUCAAAGAAACACUUGGCAAGGGCAAAGGCCAGCAAUGCCUUCACUGUGAAGAACCUGAUGGACCUCCGAUGGAUCCGAGAUCGACUCGGAUGGCGCCUUGCAUUCUUGGAAGAUUCUUUGAUGGAGGGCAUGAUGCUGGCCCGGGAUUCCAAGAAGAUCCCCCCACGCCUUCCGGCAGAAACGUCAGAAGAGGCCAAGAAAGAGGCUCAGCUGGCCAUGGCCAAAGGUCAGCGGGAGGAGGCAGUCAGAAGUCUCCUGGGGCCUCAAGGCGGUCUGACUCAUUUGCGAGCCGAUCUGGUUCGCCUUGCCCAUUUGCUGCAUUUGGAAGUGGGCAGUAAAGAGCAAUUGGCAAACCUCAUGAUCGACCAAGAGGCCCGCUUCAAGACUAUGGUGCAAGAGACCUUGGUGGCCAUGAUGCCGUACCCUCCUCAACAGCCAAUGGGCGCGCCUCUCGGGGUCUCCACCACGUCAAGAAAGCUCUUGGACGUCAUGGAGGCAGAAUGGCAAGAUGAGAUGCAGAAGGCUCAAAAUGAAGUCAUGCUGGUGUCCAUGGAAUUUCCCAAUCCGCUGAUCUCCGAGAUCUACACCUCUUCCAAAAACGUCAUGAAAGAAGCUCAGCGCAGAGGUGAUUAUCAACAUGCUCACGUGAUUGGAGACCCAAAGACCACUGCAGCGGCUGGAAUUUACCCUGCUGGUCUCGCCAAGACCUUGGUGGAUGGCGUUGAGGCCCAGUUUGUUCGUGAGCAUCGCACUCUUCAAGAAGUUCUUGUGGUUGAUGAUGAUGAGGAGCCUCUUGACAUCAAUCACCCAGAUGCCAACAAGGCUAUCAACCCUUGGGGUGACACCGACUCUGAGGAGGAGCUCAUUGAAGACAAGCAGGUCAAGGUGUCGGCUGGUGUCAAAGCAGCCGUGAAGCGUCUUCAUGACGCCACUGGGCAUCGCAGCAAUCCGCGAUUAGCCCGGGCCUUGGUGUUGGCGUGUGCUCCUCCUGAAGUUGUCCAAGCUGCCAAACAUCACAAGCGCGCUCUAUGUGAUGAGAAAAGGCCUCCGAAAUCCAGAAGGCCGGCUUCACUUCCGAAGCUACCCGAUGUGAGUCAUCAAGUUCACAUCGAUGUUGUAGAGCUCGUUGACAGCUUUGGCCGGAAGUACUACGCUGUCCAUGCCACUGAUUGGGUAACUCGAUUUCAGAUGGCCAAGUUGCUCAAGCACAAAUCCUCUGAUGAGAUCAUCAUGUUCCUGCGUGAGCAAUGGCUGCCCAUCCUUGGCCCUCCACGUGUGCUAGUGGCAGAUCAAGGUCGAGAAUUCAUCUCGUCGGCCUUUGAAUCCUUUUGCAGCGAACAUGCCAUUCUGGUCUGGCACUCGGCAGUUCAGGCUCCAUGGCAGAAUGGUGUUUGCGAACGUGGUGGUGGUGUCUUGAAAGUCAUCAUGACGACUUUGGUCCAGAAACAUUCAGUUGUAAAUUUUGAAGAGAUGGAAGCUAGUCUGGCCGAAGCAGCUUUCACCAGCGCCUCGCAGAGCAUGGACUUGCUGAUCAAGUACCUCACCUUGCUCGCCGACUUGCUUUGGGAGACAGCGAAGGUGGCUAUGCUGAGACUGCAUUUUUCCCGUGCAAUCAGCACGGUGAAUUGGCCAGAUCAAGAUCUUCUACUCAGUCCCAGACCUUGGCCGCACUACAUGAUCUCACUGAACGAGGUGCUGAAGUCUGACAAGGAGAUCCUCCUGAAAAACACCUACAACCAGAUGGUGUUGAGGAAUCCGUCAGCUCCUCUGGCGGCUAGUCCCUUUCAAGAGAUUGCGGCGGCUCUUCAACCUUCGAUGGCUGGCAGCCAUGCUCAGAAGCUUCCAAGCGCCCUGCCGAAGUUCCAGUUGAUGCGUUGUUUGAAGCUGAACGUCCCCAAGCAGCUGCAAGUGUUCCUGCAGUUCCGACUGGAAGUUCGCCCAGCAGCAGCACUUAGCUUCAUGAGGCCAAUGGGUUGCCAUGAGAUUCAAGCUGCACAAGCGGCUCGAAGGGAGUACCGAUGGAACUCCAUCAAAGACUCCGACAAGCCUGCCUUCCGUGAUGCUGCCAAGAAAGGCUGGGAGGUUUGGACAGACAAUGAUGCAGUUGAAGUUUUGUCCAAAGAGGCUUCAGAGCGAAUCAUAGCUUCCUUGCGUGCCAAAGGUCAACGAGCCGUGUCCAUUUUGGAUCAACUUGGCAAGCAGUUAGGUUUUGGUUCACUUGAGGAAGGUCGUUUUCAGUAUUGCGGAAAGUUUGUGGAGCAGCAUUCUGAUGGCUCCAUAACUGUCUCCAUGCCGGAGUACCACACCAACAUGUCACCUGUUCCUGUCCCAGCCCAUGGGAAGAAAGAUCUCAACAGUGAUUUGACCCCUGCAGAAAUGAAACAGCUGUGUGGCUUGCUAGGUUCCUUGCAGCGGUUGGUGGCGCAAGUUUGCGUUGAUCAGGCCUUUGCACUUUCAGUUCUGCAGAGCGAGAAGCCGAAGAUCAGCACCUUGUUGAAGGCGAAUGUCUUGGUUCGUCGUUUCAAGGAGCACUCAGAUUUCCACUUCCAUUUCAAACCAGUUGAUCUCGAAGAUGCAGGUGUGAUGGUUGUCACAGAUGCGUCCCUUGGAAACGUGCGUCAAGAUGGCAGCCAAGGAGAAGAACCCUUGGAGCGUGUCUUUUCACAGUCUGCAUACAUGGUUUUCCUUGGAGAAAAGAAGUUGAUCAAUGGUCAGACUGGCAAAUUUGCGAUGAUUGACUGUCGAAGUCACCGCAUUGGUCGCUUCUGCCGCUCGACAUAUGGAGCGGAACUUUUAGGCGUUGAGAUGACCGUGGUCACAGAUGCGAAAGAUAUCUAUGAUCGUUGCAGCAGCGACACCAGCACAUAUGGUUCUCAGAAAUCUCUUGCAUUCACAGUUGCUUGGUUGACAGCGAUUUUGCAGAAGCCCAACACAACGCUUCGCUGGACCAGCACACAAAACAUGCUGGCUGACUGUGGAACGAAGGAGAUGGAAGUUGAACAUCUUCAUUGCAUCUUGAAGGAUUGGGAAUGGAGUGCAAGCUAUGAUGCAUCAUUUGUGAAGCAAGGAAAGUCCAAAGCUGUGAAGAAGGUUAAGCAAUCAGCGCAUGUGACUUUGCCUGGAGAAGAGAUGAAAACAUCUGGUCCGACGCUUCGACAUGUGAUGCAGCUUGGAGAUGUCUCAGGUUGGCACAAGAAGAAAGACUUCAUUGUGCAAGUUGCCCGAAACGCUCGAUCCUACAGAACCCCUAUGCCCAGGUUCAAGAUGUCAGAAUACCCUUUGAGAAGCACCUUUGGGCGCUUUGACUCAGCCUUGAUCCGAAAUACGCUGCGUUUGAUGGCAAAACCGGCCGCCCUGUGA